CGCAGGCCCAGUCUGUCAGCAGCAGCAAGAGGAGGCAGGAGCUCAGCAUCCUCUGGCACAAGACUCCUAGGCAGCCGCAGCCUUCUCCGCCAGAAGCCAGCAGAGGAAAAAUCACCACCAUGAGGAUUGCUGGGAUUUGCUUUUGCCUCUUAGGCAUUGCCUACUCCCUCCCAGUUAAGGAGGCUGAUUCUUUCAGCUCUGAAGAUCACCUGCGCGACAACAAAUUCCCAGAAGCUAUGGCUUUAUGGUUAAAGACUGACCCGUCCCUGAAGGAGAAUAUUAUAGUACCACAGAAUUCCGUGUCCUCUGAAGAAGACAAUGGCUUGCAACAAGAGACCCUCCCAAGUAACUCCAACGAGAGCCACGACCACAUGGACGACGAGGAUGAUGAUGACAGGGAUGAGGACUCCGUUGACACAGAUGACCCUGACCACCAUUCCGAUGAGUCUGACCAUUCUGACGAAUCUGACGAAGUGGUCACUGAGGCUCCCACUGAGGGUCCGGAAACCCCUGCCUUCAGUCCCAUUGUGCCCACCGUAGAAAUAUACGAUGGGCGCGGCGACAGUCUGGCUUACAGUCUGAGGUCGAGGUCUAAGAAGCUCCACAUUUCUGAUGCGCAGGACCCAGAUGCUACAGAUGAGGACCUCACCUCACACGUGGAGAGCCAGGAGUCCAGCGCUGCACACAAGGCCGUCCUCGUUGCCCAGCGCCUGAAUGUGCCCUCCGACUGGGACAGCCAUGGCAAGGACAGCCAUGAGUCCAGUCAGCUGGAUGUCCCGAGUGUGGAGAGCCACAGCCAGGAGCAGUCCCGAGAGCGCAUGCGGAAGGCCCGGGACAACAGCGGCGAGCACUCUGAUGUGGUCGACAGUCAGGAAGGCGCCAAAGCCAGCCAGGAACUUCCCAGCCAGGAGUUCCCCAGCCACGAAGACCCCCAGAGUAAGGAGGAAGAGGGACGCCUGGAAGUGCGCGUUUCCCAGGAAUUAGAUAGCGCCUCUUCCGAGGCCAAAUAAAAAGAAAGAGCAAGUUCUUUCUUUGCUUUUGGUCAGAAGGAAAAAAAAAAAAUGCAAUAGAGGGAAUUGAGAAAAAAUAUGAAAUGCUUACAUAGCAGGUGAAUGUAUAAGUGUGUGGCUUUGGAAAUUAAUGUUUUCAAGCAUUCGUUCAACUUGUUGCUUCAUGGUAAUAUCCUUGUAGCCUAAAAGCUUUAGCAUUUGUCUGUGUUCUUUUCAUAGAAGAAAUUCAAGCCAUCACUGCAUUUUAAUGUUUGCUAUUCUUUUAAGAAUAGAAAUGUAUGUAGAGGCAGUCAAAAUACUUUCACAUACUUAUCAGAGAGAAUGAAUACUUUAUGUCACUAUCAUCUUCUGUUUUUUAAAUUAGUGUAUAUUUUGUUCUGAUUAUUUUGUUGGUGUGAAUAAAUCUUAAGUCCGGAAUGUAAUAAAUUUGGUGAUGCCAAUUGCA